AUGUCUCUGCUUAAGGAUAUGACUGCAACAAGGACUCUCACCAAAGUCAAGUAAGUACAUGUUUAAAGGAGUGUUGUUGUCUGAGCCAUUUAGACUAUGAUAAUGGGCUGUGAUUAGGACCAUCUAGUGGUCUGAUUGUAGAACUACAUCAUGUGAUCUGUGUGAAAUCUGCACUGACUUGUUUCUUGAUCGGACAGGUUCUGACGUCACUCUGAAGUUAUGAGGAUGUGACAGUGUCCUCGGAUCAAACGCUCACAGACACCAGGACUGACGAGGGACAAACAAGCAGCUUCUUCUCUCCACACAUGAAGGUGGAAAGUGUCUGUAAGCUGACCUGAACUCUCUUCAACAGGUGAGGAUCCUUCCAGAGAAAUCUGAUCAUGUCUGAGGAUCAGGAUCAGUGUGCUCACAUGGUGCUGGAUCACUGUUGAAGUGUAGAAAUCUUUCUUGAUGCUGAUUGGCUGUUUGACACAUGUUGUAGAAUUUCUCUCUGAGUUAAAGAGCAGUGAUUUCAGACAGAUUCACCUGCUCUAUAGUUGGUGUUUGUGGAGUCGACUCAGCAGCAGUUUGACAGUAAUCUGAGUCACACCAUCAGGGAAAAAUGCAGGGAGUGUCUGAACUGGUCUGACAGCCUGGUUGACUUGGCUCAGGUGCUUUUAUUUUGAAACGGUUGAUACUCUGAGGUGAAGGGUUCAAAGGUCAGAUCACUUCCAGCACUAAGACGGACUCAUUUUACUGGAGACAUGGCAGGGUGUAAGUCUCAGUGGUUCCAGAAGUUUCAGAUAAUUGUAGAUGGACCAGAGCCAGUCCAGGUUUGGAAGUGGACUCAGUGUUUGAUUGAGACCCCUCAGCUGUCAGGGGCCGCUAUAAGACAGAAAAUGAGCCAUCCUAUGUCAGUGUUUGAUAUUUGUCCAACUUUGAAAACUUAUAAUCAAAACUAAAGAUUUUUUUAAUCAAACUAAGAAAACAUCUUGAUUUAAAGAAACUUUUUUAUUUUACUCUUACUCAUUUGAACAACAGUGUUUAUGUGACAGAUAAUUGUGAUGACCACAGUUUAUUUAUGGGAGAGUCUCGGGGCUGUAACUCAUUCUGGACUCAUCAGAUCCUGUUUGAGGCUCCAACAAGGUUUCUGUCAGUCCUGAAUGUUUGUGUUAUUGAGAGGAAUGAGAACUGAAGUGUCCUGUGGUGUAAAGCUUGUUGUACUGACUGAGUAUGUUGUUGUGUUUGUGUGAAGGUGGGGGCUCUGCUAUGAAUCAGUGUGAGGACAGAGAGGAGGGGGCCCCUCCCUCUAAAACCACUCUGUGGGGGGAACAUGAGAGCCAGACCAAAGCUCAGAGGUGAGAUGAGGAUCUCCAACUGUCCAUGACUCUUCUCCAUGUCAGAGCUCAGCACUCACAUCACUCCACCAUCACUAUUAUUCACACUCAGACCUCUGUCUGUCUGUCUGUCUGUCUGUCUGUCUAAGACCUGAACAGCAGUCCAGACCAGACUCUCCUGGACCUGGACCCAGCGGUGUGUCCUUCAAGAGUGACCGGUCUAAGGGUCGACUGAUUGGGUUCAAAGAAGGAGAGAUUUGUGAUGAACAAAGGUGAGACUUUCAAACUGAACUUUCUUUUGUUGUGUGUGAAACUUUUCAUCCUAACUGUGGUCAGUGUUUUCUCUGUGAAGGUGAAGAUUUUUCAGGGUUUGUGUUUCCAUCAGGAUCCAACAGCAGUAAACAGGAUCUGAGCCAGAAAGACCUGGACUCUGCAUGUAUCUUCAUGUGUGUCCUGUGUCUGUAGGAGGAUCUGUAAAUAAUGAGGACUCUUGUGCUGCAGAACAAACCCUUUUGAGCUUGGUGUAGGAUGUGGAGUGAGGAGAUCAGAAAUGUACUUUGGUUACAGGGUCCAUAAGUUCCCAAAGCACCCCAAUCGUUUAUGCUUCACUUAUGUUGACCCGGCUUUUUAGCUCUUGUCCGGUCUACCUCCGUUUUAAGCGCCCGUUAUUCCUCCAGAGUCUCCGGUAUUUACUUUGUUUUCUUGCUUGUGUCGGCAGUCGUGGCCAAAGGAGGAUUCAGACAAUUUUCCGAACUUUCUGGUUGGUUUCUACUGUCCGAUAUUGUAGCACGCUAACUUUGUUUGGGCUCCUGAACGACACGGGGGAGCAGCGUCUGCCUCACAACCAAUCAGGUUAGAGGAGGUGGAGAACGGCUUUGUUUACAGUCAGAAAGAGCGGACCGCUCAAAAAUGUUCAAAUGUUGACGACACAGACAUAAGUGAACACAGAGAUAUCGAUAUAUUACCAAAUGUCAUCAAUAACUAAUAACUAUUGACUGAUAUUAAUUUUAUUUUUGUAUUUACACCACAAAAAAGAUAAAGGCUGAAGGUUCAUCACAGAGCUGCAACAGGAAAUCUGUGAGCUGGAGAAGAGGAGAUCUGGGGUGGAGCAAUUCUCACACUCUGAAGACCACCUCCACCUCCUCCAAAACUUCACCACCAUGAACGCUGCUCCACCCACCAAGAACUGGAUUGAGGUCGGAGUCCAUCCACCUUCAUAUCAGGGGACUUGGGGUGAGAGCUGUGAACCAGCUGAAGGAGACUCUCAUGAAACUGAUGGAGAAGCUGAUCUGUAAGGUGGAGCUGAAGGGAGUCCAGCAGUAUGAGGUGGAUGUCACUCUGGGUCCUGAAACAGCAAGUCCCUGGCUUACUCCAUCUGAUGAUGAGAAACAGGUUAAACAUGGCGGUGUCAAACGAAAUCUGCCAGACAAUCCUCAGAGAUUUACUCUGCGUUGGUUCUGUCUUAGCAUAGAAGAGUUUCUCGUCAGGUUUUACUUCGAGGUUCAGGUCAAAGGAAAGACCGGCUGGUCUUCAGGUGUCGUGAGAGAAUCAAUCAGCAGGAAGAAGACAGCUGAACUGGAUGCUCAGAGUAGACAAUGUGUUAUAGGUUGUUUGCACAGUGAUUGGUACUUUGCCCUGGAUUUCCCUCUCUUUGGCUUCACUCCAAAAUCUGAACCUCAGAGGGUGGGGGUGUUUGUGGACUAUGACGAGGUUCUGGUCUGCUCAACUUUGAACCCUACACUGUCUAUCCUCUCUUACUCAUGCAUGUGCACUUUUUCCCCAAAGAUGAUUCAUCUCCAGCUUCCUUCUACCGGCCCGGUGGCAACAGUGAAAGAGAGAAAACAGUCUCACAGAAACAUUUAGUUCUCGGCCUGUUUGUCUGGUUUGCUUCUGUGGGUCAGUCUGAGGCACUUGUGUGGAAAUAAGACUGUUUUACAAAGACAAAGAUGAUCUCUGACUGUGUUUUCUGGGUGAUCAGGAGUUAAUCAGUAACACAAGGAAAACAUGUCAGUCUCAAAAGUAGAUAAAAGUUAACCAACAAGCUGAUGUGAAGGAGUGUUUUCAGGGCUUUUCUUGCUGCCUUGUUGCCUGUGGACUCAAAGAUACUGUAUUUCUUUGAAUGUCUGGCACUGCUGUCUUCUUAAAUGUUGCUGAGGGUCACAUGUUCCUGAGCCAUGUAAGGGGAUUUCCUGAGGGUGGUGAAAGCCCUCCUCUGCUGGGCUGCGCUGGGAGGAGCAACUCCGGCUGAAAGGACAAAAGAUUUCCGGGAAUUGAAGUGCUUGUUUUUUGUCAGAGUUACAGCUGAGCUGCAGUCUUUUUAAGUCUCUCUCCGAUCCUCUUUUAAAACAAAUUCAUCUGAAUGCUUUAACUUUCUUCUGCCAGAACGUCAACAGGAGCUCUGUCAAACACGGGUGAGUCCACUGCCUUCAAGAACUUUCAUGCAAAGACCAGAAGUUUAGGAAUUGAGCCUUCACUCCCCCUGACAUACGGAAAACUGACUCUCUCCCUCCUUUCAAAUCCAGACUCAAAACCCACCCGUUCAGAUUCGCCCACUCUUCGUAAUUUACCUUGUCCUAUUUUUAUGUUUAUUUAAUUUUUUGGCCUGUAUUUAGUUUCACCUUGUUGUUCUUUGCUGCUGUUUGUACUCUGUAAAGUGACCUUGAGUGCUCGGAAAGGUGCCUUUGAAUAAAAUGUAUUAUUAUUAUUAAGUCAGAGUCUAACCUCUGCAGAAACAUGUUUGAAGGAUCACAACAUUUAGUGUGGGAACACUUGACCACACCCUGCACUUUGUUAAACAGGAAACAUACAGAGAAAAAGUUCUCUUGUGUUGUGUAAGUAUGAAUACAGUGCACUAAGAUGGCGGCACAAAAAGCUGAUAAAGUUGCAUCAUUCCUAGAUCAGCUGACUCUGUCAUCUUAGACGGAUGUUACUUCAUAACAGGAGGAUAUGUGGUUAUUCUAAAAUCAUAUUUUCUGGUUCUUCUCUCCCUCUCUUCAUUUACAUCUGUCUGUAGCAUGAAUGUUUUCAGGAUUAGCGUUCAAUCUGAGGUCAAGUUGGGGGCAGUUUCGACCCUCUGUGUUGGGUUAGAGCUUAGACUGUGUAUAGAAUGGACAGAGUCUGCCUCCUUGCUGGAUAAAGCCUCCCCGAGAACAGCACCCUCUGGUGACGGGCUGCAGUAUAGGUCAUAAAUCCCACCUCCUUGUGGAGCUGUGGACAAACUUUAUAAAUGAAUGACACAGAAUAUAAAUGUUUCUCCCCCCUGGUUGUGAUGUUGACAUGUAGUUACUGUCAGACUGGUUUGUGCUCAAGUCCUCUUUUUUCUGUACAGCUCCAUUUUUAAAAGUUAUUAGGGGGUUCAUGUUUUCUAUGAUUGACACUUGAUACAGCCUAUAGGCGUAUGAAGAUUGCGUAGCUCACCUGGGGGUUAUGCUGUUUGAGCCGAGCAUCAUCACAGUGACUCUUCCGCCGAAUGUGUACAAUGCUACCGCGCAAGUGGUGGAGUUCGUACAACGCUACUGCGCAAUGUUGGUUUCAGGAGGUGGAGAAAAAUCGCGGAAAUACCGAGAGCUUUUCGGCUUCAAGUCCACAUACUGGUGGAAAGCGGAACCAAGUUGUUCAUAGUAUAUACAGUCUAUGGGUUAGAGCGGUGCUUAUGGACAGGACAGUGGUCGAAUGGACAGUCACAUCCUGUUACCCGUAGGUGGCGCUGUGUUUUCUGAACAUUUCUCAGAGAUGGAUGUGUUCAGGCGAGGACCCUGUAUAAGCACGGAGAGCUUCAUACAGAUAAGUUGACAGGCCGAGCUUGAGCAGUUAGAAAUUUUGUGACCGUGCUUUAGCAAACAUGAAGACAAACACCCCGAGGAUAUCCAUCACAAGUAUGGUUCAUGACUCCUAUAAUGCACAGUGAGUCUGGGCAAGAUUGAAGCAUGCAUGGCUGAGAUGUAAACUACUUCUUGUCCAGCAGAUGAGAUGGACAGUGAGCAGAAACUUGUCAAAGGACUCCUUGAAAUGUCUAAAUACAUCAACAAACAUACGCUGAUAAAUCUCUUAAGGUUCCACUUAGCAAUGUUUGAAUGUUAUUGAGUUUACAACCAAAAAAAUGUUAUAUCAGUUUCAUUUCUCUGUGCUCUUUUCUUCUCAGUGUGGAAAUGUCGACCAUGGGUGUCACAAGCCAAAAACCGCACCUGUGCUUCUUCUGUAAGAGUGAGUUCACUGAUCCAACCGACAAACCGUGCGGACACGACAUCUGCAAAUCCUGCAUCAAGGAGCACUUUAGGAUUGAUAUCCCAUCUAAGUGUCCUGUCUGUAAAACUGUUAUUAAUCCAACACCUGACCGGGGGAUGUUUGCCGAUGAGAAGGCUGCAUAUUUAAGUCAGUUAGUUCAACAAAGUACCACCAGCAGCAGCAGCUCAGAGAAACAACCAGCCAAACCAGGAGAAGUUCCCUGUGACGUCUGCACUGGGUCCAAAAUGAAGGCCCUCAAGUCCUGCCUGGACUGUCUGGUGUCUUACUGUGAGACUCACCUGGAUACUCACCUGACAACACCAGGUCUGAAGAGACAUCAGCUGAUUGAGCCUGAGGAGAACCUGAAGAGGAGGAUGUGUGAGAAGCACAACAAACUGCUGGAGCUGUUCUGUGAGAACGACCAGAUGUGUCUCUGCACAGAGUGCUUUCUGUCAGACCACAGGAACCAUAUUUUCGUUUCUCUGAAAGAAGAAUAUGAAGGAAAGAAGGUCAAGCUGGGGAAGACGGAGGCUGAAAUUAAGCAGAUGAUCCAGGAGAGACAACUGAAGAUCCAACAGUUCAAACGGUCAGUGGAGCUCAGUGAUAAGGAGGCAAACAGAGAGAUGGCUGAAGGUGUUAAGAUCUUCAAAAGUUUCAAGGAAUGUGUGGAGAGAAGCCAGACCAAGUUUGUCUCCACCAUCAUGGAGAAGCAGAGAACGACAAAGAGACAGGCUGAAGGCUUCAUCACAGAGCUGCAACAGGAAAUCUCUCAGCUGGAGAAGAGGAUCUCUGAGGUGGAGCAGCUCUCACGCUCUGAAGACCACCUCCACCUCCUCCAAAACUUCACAUCUCUAAAAGCUGCUCCACCCACCAAGAACUGGACUGGAGUCAGCAUCCAGAAACCCUUGUAUAAGGGAACUUGGGGUGAGGCUGUGCAGCAGCUGGAGGAGACACUUAAAGAUCAGAUGAAGAAGGCCCAGAUGAGGAUGUUCCAGCAGUAUGAGGUGGAUGUGACACUGGAUCCCGAUACAGCAAACUCCUCUCUCAUCUUAUCCCAUUGUCAAAAACAAGUUUAUUGGAGUGAUUCAUCAGUGUAUCGCCCAUAUAACCUUGGGAGAUUUUUGACUUCCCCAUGUGUUUUAGCAAAGCAGGGUUUCUCUUCAGGCAUAUUUUACUACGAGGUCGAGGUGAAAGGGUGUACUAGCUGGGAUUUAGGAGUGGCUCGUGAAUCAAUCAACAGACAGAGAACAAAUGUUCUGUCUCCUCAGAAUGGUUUCUGGACACUGAUACUGAGGAAUGGAAACACGUAUGAUGCUUGUGCUGACCCUCCAAUCCGUCUCUGUCUGCAGUCUCAGCCUGAGAAGGUGGGAGUGUUGGUGGACUAUGAGGAGGGUGGUGUCCUUUUUGUUGACGUUGAUGCUGCAGCUCUGAUCUACGCCUUCAGUGGCUGCUCCUUCACUGAGAAACUCUACCCAUACUUUAGUCCCUCAUUUAAAGAUGGUCUUCCAAUGACCAUCACUCCAGUUGCUUCAGGAACAAGAGGAGUUUCUCUUCGAGCACAACGACCACUGCUACCACUGCUACCACUCUCACCACCUGACCUCCUCUGCAAUCUGUCUCUGUCCAAGUGA